CGAUGCAGUCGAGUAUACUACGUUCACGUGGUUCUCGACUGAAGUUGGUCUGACGUUCAUGCGCCCAACGACGACAUGUCGGUUAUCACUACUGAUGUGUGUCGACAUAAAUAAUGAUAUUUAACCUGUAAUCCAACGCAAACCAUUAGAAUCACUGGAAUAUUCACCAAUUGCUAGGCCCGUAUCGGCAAUACCACUGCCGACACCAAGACCAUUGUGAAGCAAGUAUUUGCCAAUUUGUUGGACUGAUCCCGUUCUGUACUAGUAACACGUGGCAUAAGCUAUGACUGACGGUAUGAACGUUCUCGCACAGAGAAUAUUUUUCUUCCUGUUGACAACCGCAGUUGUGAUGAUGUAUUACUAUCAAGCAAGAUAUAUGACUAAUGCACAGACAUGCCAAGACAUGUCGUGUUUUAAAAUGAAGAGACACUUACCGCCGUGCACAAGAUGUCCAACAGGCUUGAGGAAUUGUGAGAGUCUAGCAGACUUGAGGAACUAUUUUUCGCAGUAUAUAGAUCUGAAAAAAACAAUCGCAAUAUAUAAAGACCAAAACAAGCUCGACAGGCGUUGUUGUCCCCAAAAAUUAAACUUUGGGACUGAAUCUGAAACGUAUAUGGAAAUGGUAAAGGAUUUUUAUACCAUCGAACAACAAAAAAGCUGUGCUAUUGUGGGGAAUGGCGGUAUUUUGACACACAGUGGAUGUGGUUCUGAAAUAGACCAACACGAUUUUGUGAUGCGAUUGAACCUGGCUCCCGUGAGUGGUUACGAGAAAGACGUCGGCGGAAAAACUAAUUUUACUGCAGUCAAUAACGUUAUUAUUCAUCGUUUCUAUGAAAAUAUACAGAAAAGAAACCAGAAAAUGCACAGAUACGUUAAUCAGUUAAAAGACUUGAAGGAUUCGAUUCUGUGGUUUGGAUACAACAAGUCUGCAAAAGUACCUGCAAUGGGAAAUGCUAAUAACAAGAUGCAGACUAUUCUUAGAACGACGAAAAUGAACCCAAGUAAGAUGAAGUAUCAAUUGGCAUAUUCUAUUGUUCCAGUAUGGCCAACUAUUAUAAGCCGUGCAUGGAACACUUCGCAAGGUACUAGUGAAGGGUAUAUCGUAUUCACUUUAGCAACAUUAUUCUGCGAUAAGAUCGAUCUGUACGGCUUCUGGCCAUUUCAUAUAGGGCCACAGGGUAACCCGGUGAGCCACCACUACUACGAUCAACGAAGUCGAUACACAAAAAAGAAGCAAACUAUGCCAAAUGAAAACAAAGUAUUACUUGAACUAAACCGAAGAGAGAUUAUACGAUGGGUAACCUCUCCGUGUGUUACAUCGAAACACAACCAGUCAUUGAACAGUUAAUCGUGUUGGUUAUAAUUUUGUGAAUAAAGCUUUUUUGUUGUGACUGU